AUGGAGCAUGGUUGUGUAGUUUUCGUUAGGAAAUACGUCAAGUGUCAAUUGCAUGGAGAUGUUAUGCACACUCCCCCUAUAGAAUUACACAGUAUGACUGCUCCCUGGCCAUGUUCGAUGUGGGGUAUGGAUGUAAUCGGAGCAAUUGACCCCCCCGCUUCAAAUGGGCAUCGGUUUAUUCUGGUGGCAAUUGAAUACUUCACCAAAUGGGUCGAAGCUGAAUCUUAUAAGCAUGUGACUAAAAAGGUGGUGGCGGACUUUCUAAGGAAGCACAUCAUUUGUCGUUUUGGAAUACCAGAGACAUUAAUCACUGACAAUGCCAAGAAUCUCAACAAUGAUAUGAUAGAUGGAUUGUGUGAACAGUUCAAAAUCAGGCGUCGGAACUUCUCUAUUUAUAGACCACAGAUGAAUGGAGCUGUUGAGGCCGCGAAUAAGAACUUGAAGAAGAUAAUCCGUAAGAUGAUUGAAAGACACCGUGAUUGGCACGAGAAGCUCCCUUACGCAUUAAUGGCAUAUAGAACUGCUAUUCGGACCUCUACUGGGGCAACUCCCUACAACCUCAUGUAUGGGAUGGAAGCAGUAUUGCCAGCUGAGGUCGAAAUCCCUUCAUUGCGCAUUUUAAUGGAGGCCAAGCUAGAUGAGGCUGAUUGGGUUAAACAACGUCAUGAGCAGUUGUCUUUAAUCGACGAAAAGCUACUAAGCGCCAUUUGUCAUGGUCAAUGCUAUCAAAAAAGGGUAGCCCGUGCUUACAAUAAGAAGGUCAGACCACGGAUAUUCACAGAAGGAGAUAAAGUGUUGAAACACAUUUUGCCAGUACAAGAGGAAGCUAAGGUGAAAUUUGCACCAAAUUGGCAAGGCCCUUUUAUUGUCCAGAAAGUUUUGCCCGGAGGAGCGCUCAUUCUCGCAGAAAUGGAUGGGCAAGUGUUCCCUCAACCAAUCAAUUCGGAUAUGUGUAAGAAAUUUUUCAUAUGA